AUGGCUCUGGUCUUGGCCUAUCCCAGAGCUCUAUGCAGAUUGAAUGAGACCAGGGAGGAAGAGGUCAUAGUGGAAUGGGGCAGCUGGCCGAGGGCAGCUGGGGGCAGGGUCUUGACCAGCCUGUCCUGGAAAGGCCUGCUGGGCCCUGCUUCCUUCCUUGGGGAGAGGGUCAUCCCAGGCCGGGGGUCCCCAACCCAGUGCUUAGAGACCCACCUAGUGUCUGAGACCUCAUCAGCCUAUGUCCAAAGUUUCUUUUCCUUUUGCUCCCAGAUUAUGAGGACUAACUCCAAGCCCACCUUUCCCAAAGAUCAGAAAAUCCUGUCCUUCCCAGAGGCUCCUCCUCCAGGGCUCCCCAGACCCCUAUAG